GCGGCCGCAAGGACGGGGCUCCUCGUUGCCCUCCGCCAGCAGCCGCCGCCUACUGACACCCUUGCUCGCCGCCCACUGACACCCUUGCUCGCCGCCCUGCGAUCCCGCCCUUCCCGCCCCGCCGCUGCGGGCCUCCCUCCGUCCCUCAGCCUGCUGUGCAUACUGGAGAUGCAGAAACCAUGUAGCAGAAAGCUUUGAGCAGCUGUGGAUUAUCAGUUUCUCCCAAGAGGAAUAAAAAGUGAAGGAUGAAGGCGACUGGAUUUAUUUCCCUGUGGACGUUGGUUUCGCUGCCUUGUGGCCCGUUAGCAAACCCUGCAGAACGUGAAGAUGUAGUGAAGCAUGCAAUAAAGCUGCACCGUGGGAAAGGGGCUGGUAUCACUCAGAGGAAGCAGUGGGUGUUGGAGAGCUGCAGAAAACUGUCUGGUCUUCUUCGCCAAAAGAACGUUGUUCUCAACAAACUAAAAAAUGCCAUAAGAGCAGUUGAGAAGGAUGCUGGACUGUCUGCUGAAGAGAAACUUUUUCAGGUCCACACCUUUGAAAUUUUCCAAAAGGAGCUAAAUGAAAGUGAAAACUCAGUCUUUCAGGCAAUCCAUGGCCUCCAGAGAGCUCUACAGGGUGACUACAAGGAUGUUGUAAAUAUGAAAGAAAGCAGUAGGCAGAGACUGGAGGCCUUGAGAGAAGCUGCAAUUAAGGAAGAAAUGGAAUAUGUUGAACUCCUAGCAGCAGAGAAACACCAGGUUGAAGCCCUUAAGAACAUGCAGCACCAAAACAAAAGCCUGUCGAUGCUUGAUGAAAUUCUGGAAGAUGUCAGGAAGGCAGCUGAUAGAUUGGAAGAGGAAAUAGAAGAGCAUGCCUUUGAUGACAACAAAUCUGUAAGAGGUGUAAACUUUGAAGCUGUUUUAAGAGUGGAAGAAGAUGAAGCCAACUCCAAAAGAAAUGCUUCAAAAAGAGAAGUAGAAGAUGACUUAGGACUUAGUAUGCUUAUUGAUUCUCAGAAUAAUCAGUAUAUCCUUACUAAACCCAGAGACUCAACCAUUCCUCGUGCUGAUCAUCAUUUCAUAAAGGAUAUUGUGACAAUAGGAAUGUUGUCUUUGCCGUGUGGCUGGCUGUGCACAACAAUAGGAUUGCCAACCAUGUUUGGAUAUAUCAUCUGUGGAGUACUCUUAGGACCCUCAGGACUAAAUAGUAUCAAGUCUAUUGUACAGGUGGAGACGUUAGGAGAGUUUGGUGUAUUCUUCACUCUCUUUCUAGUUGGUCUGGAAUUUUCUCCUGAAAGAUUAAGAAAGGUAUGGAAAAUAUCUUUGCAAGGACCAUGCUACAUGACAGUUCUGAUGAUUGCCUUUGGUUUACUAUGGGGGCACUUGCUCCAAAUUAGACCAACACAGAGCGUCUUCAUUUCCACUUGUUUGUCUUUGUCAAGCACACCACUGGUGUCCAGAUUUCUUGCAGGUAGUGUUCGAGGAGAUAAAGAAGGGGAUAUUGACUACAGCAGCGUACUGCUUGGCAUGUUGGUGAUGCAGGAUGUGCAGCUUGGUUUGUUUAUAGCUGUCAUGCCUACACUUAUUCAAGCAGGAGUGAGCACAUAUUCCAGCAUUUUCAAGGAAAUUCUGAGAAUACUGAUCCUGAUUGGCCAAAUUCUGUUUUCUCUGGCUGCUGUUUUCCUUCUAUGUCUUGUUAUAAAGACUUAUCUCAUAGGACCGUAUUACCGCAAGUUGCACACAGAAAGCAAAGGGAAUAAAGAAAUCCUCAUUCUAGGAAUAACUGCAUUCACCUUCCUUAUGUUAACGAUCACAGAGCUGUUGGAUGUUUCAAUGGAGCUGGGAUGCUUCUUAGCUGGAGCUCUGAUCUCUUCUCAGGGUCACAUGGUUACUGAGGAGAUUAUGUGCUGUAUUGAACCAAUACGUGACUUUCUUGCCAUCAUUUUCUUUGCAUCUAUAGGACUUCAUGUUUUUCCCACUUUUGUAAUAUAUGAACUCACAGUCCUGCUAUUCCUUACAUUGUCUGUCGUCAUAAUGAAGUUUGUCUUGGCAGUGCUUGUCCUUUCUUUGAUUCUUCCAAAGACCAGCCAAUAUAUCAAGUGGAUUGUCUCAGCAGGACUGGCACAAGUCAGUGAAUUCUCUUUUGUUCUGGGAAGUAGAGCACGCAGAGCAGGGAUCAUAUCUCGGGAGGUCUAUCUUCUUAUUCUGAGUGUGACUACUCUAAGCCUUUUACUUGCCCCUGCCCUGUGGAGAGCUGCAAUUAUGAAAUGUGUUCCGAGACCUGAAAGACGCUCAAGUACUUGAUCAAGAUUUGCACAAAUUGAAGGAUAUGUCCUCUUGCAAGGAAAACAUCUUCAUUGCUCAUUGUAUUUCUAUGCACUCAGAAAGCAAGACCUGUUGAGUAGUCAGUCCUCUUAAUAAGCACUUGGUUAUAAGCCUUAUAGUGACCUUAAAACAAAAUUCAAUACUAAAAAAUAAUUGUGUCAUAUGAAUUGCGCACCUUUUACAAAAUUUACUUUGACUGAUUGGAAUCUACUAGAACAUUUGUUUCUGAUCCAAUCUGUUAUUCAGAGCAUAAAUUAUUUUUUUUAAAUAUAGUGUCAUGCAAACUAUGGUUUGUUUUUUUUUUUGCCUGAAUGUGCCUUUUAAUUUUCAUCCUGUUAAUGCUGGUUCAUCACCAGAUUUUGUUCAAAAAGGAAAAAAAGAUAUAUAUAUUAUGGUGCCUAUGGUAUCUUCUUUCACUAAAUGACUUAAGUCAUUUUCACAUUUAUGAUUUUAAUAUAGCAGCAUAAAAUUAACUCAAACCAAAUUUCUAAUGGUGAAUAAAAGAGUGAUCCUCUGCACAAAGAAAAGGUUUAACUGUUUACCAAUCAGUUCCAAGCAGUUAAUUACAUAUUCCAGUUCAUGCAGCCAAUACUGCAUGAUAUUUUAUGCCAAAUUGCAGCAUACAAUGUAUUUUCUUAUAUUGUUAUAUUUUGUGUUAGCUCUUGUAUUUAUUUACAUAUUUGACUAAAAAUUGACAGUAAGAAAGGGCAUAAUUUAUGUUUGCAGACUGACAGUUGUUACCCAUUCUUGUUGCUAACUGCUGCUACAGUAAUGGUUUACAGGGGUGUUUUCUUUUAAAUAAAAACUAAAUGUAGUAAAACUGGGAAGUGUAAUUUCAAUUAGAUGUGAAAAAUAGUACUUCUGUAACCUUGGAGAUCGGAUCUUAGUUGACUAUUCUAGAUUUGAAAUUAUUUAAAGUAAAUUAACUUGCAGAAAACUGGAAAUGGCAGACUGGAUGUGUAUUUGCAACCCCAUGACCUUUUAAGUUACAUUUACAUUGAAUAAAUUGUUAGUCUUUUAAAAGUACCAUGAUAUUUUAGAAAACGGUGUUUUGAAUGUGAUCUUAAAUGUGGUUUUUCUUUAAAAUGUUGUAUGUAGUGAGAUAGGUCUUGUAAAAGCCCAUUAUUUAGGUGUCAUAGAGAAAGCUUACUCAUAGGCUAUAGUCCACUCUGUGACAAAGCAUUUAAGAAUCAUCUUGAGGUUCAUCUGCUAAAACCAAUACUAUUUAAGAUACAUAAACACUUCAGGUCAGUAUUGCAGUGUUAUCUGAAAUAACACUGAUACCCACAAAAUAGUUAGAAAAAUGCAUGUUAAGAGGUUUAAAUUGUCAAUUAAAAUGAAAAUUGUCCUCCAAGUAGCAACACAAAGCUUUGGAUGGAUCUUUGUGCUCUGAACCUCUUUCCCCUGUAGCAGCCUCAGUUUCUUCUGUUUUCUCUGACAUCUGCUGAGCUUGUCCAGAUGAAACUUGAAUUACUCUGGAGUGUUUAUGUACUGCUGGGACAGGGUAGACAUCAUCAUAUUUGAGUUCUUGCUCACUAGAUUCGGGGCUUUUCCUCUAGGCACUAAUGCUUCAUAAAGAUUGAUGGAAUAUAUGGCAAGUCCCCCUCCCCUUAAAUGGUUUCAAAAGUUGUCACAAAACAGACAAAUGCAGAACAAAAAGCUGCUCUAUAAAUAAAAUAUUUUUAAAUAAAAUUAAUCUAUAACAGAAAAGAAACUCAAAA